AUGUCCAGCGUCCCAGAAAAUUUUCCAACAUAUAAUAAAGCAAUGAGUUUCUUUAGAAAUGCAAUUAGUAAAUUAUAUAGCGCUGUAUCUGCACCAGUGGCAGCAACACGUUAUGCACUCGCAGAGAGACUGCAGAGUGUGCGUAAAACUGCUUCUUUAUUAUACCACAAGGCUAAGGAGAGACUUGAUUACGGUCAAGCCUUGAAAGCCACCGUUGAAGACGCUGCUGUGGAAGAAGAACAAGUGGAAGAAGUGGAUCACAGUGCUGUUGAAACGGAAGGUGGAUUUGAUGGUAAUUAUCGACAUUUCCGAAGUGAAGGAACACCAGAAGGUCAAGUGGUGAGUGUUGAACAGUACCUGGAUCAACAGAAACAACAUGUGGAGAAAGUCAUCACAGACUUGCAAAACACUAGACAGAAUUGGAAGUUUCAACUGAAUCUCGUGGUGGAGUUUGUGCACAGGGAAAAUCCUUUUGACAAGUUCACAAAACCAAUAUGGAGUGAAGCUGUCACAAUCAUGGAAGGAAGCGACAUCGAAAAAUUGAUCGAAGAGAUGUAUAAAAGCCUGCUAAAACGCUUUGAAAUGACAUCGGAGAAACUCAAAAAAAGCGACUACAUCUUCAACCGAAUCACAGAAAUGACGCAUCACUGCCACAUGAUUGACCUUAUGAGAGGUAGAUCAUGGUUCAAGACACCCGAAUGGCUGCAAAAAAAGCACUGCAUCAUCAAUCCCAAAAAUGAAGACGAGCAGUGCUUCAAAUGGGCUGUCAUUGCAGCCCUCCAUUUUGAUGGCAUUGGAGCACAUCCUGAGCGCAUCUCGAAGCUCGAACCGUUUGUUGAACAGUACAAUUGGAGUGGCAUCGAGUUCCCAACUCCCAACACACACUGGAAAAAGUUUGAAAGGCAAAACCCCAACGUGGCGCUGAAUGUCUACUUUUCUGAAGAAGAUUCUCAGGUCGGGCAGGCAUAUGUUUCGAAACACAACACGACACGUAGAAAGGUGGCAGAUGUGCUAAUCAUUCAAGAAGGAGGGAAAAAGCACUACGUUGCCAUUAAAAGAUACUCUGCGCUCAUGCGCGGUUUAUCAUCUAGACAUCGAGGUGAUCAUUACUGUCGAAACUGCAUGCACGGAUUCCGCAGUCAAGAGACACGAGACAAUCACAUGAAGGUGUGCAUGGACCAUGAUUUUUGCGAGAUUGUCAUGCCUGAAGACGGAACAGUCCUCAAACACGAAGAUGGGCAAAAGUCGCUCAGAAUGCCAUUUGUCAUCCAUGCAGACACAGAAUGUAUCUUGGAACCUGUUCAAGGUUGUGAUGGAGACCCUGAAAAAUCACACACCAGAGACGUCAGCAAGCAUGUGGCUUCAGGAUAUGCCUUCAUGACCAAAUUUGCACAUGGAGAAGUUGAAGAAUCAUCCAACUACUAUCGUGGAAAAGACUGCAUGGAAAGGUUUUGCAAGGGACUGAGAGAUCAAGUCAAUAGAGCUAUCAGACAUCCACAGAAGAAGAUGAUCCAGUUGACACACGAAGAGAAAGAAUUCAUUUGCGAAGGAGUGUUCAAGAAGAACAACAAAGACAUCACAAUGCGCAAAGUUCGAGAUCACUGCCACUACACUGGUCAGUAUCGAGGAGCUGCACACAGUUCGUGCAACCUAAAAUAUCACAUCCCCAACGAGAAUCCGGUGGUCAUGCACAAUCGCUCACGGUAUGACGAUCACAUCAUCAUCAAGCAACUGGCCAGGGAAUUCAAAAGCCACGAGUUUGAAUGUCUGGGUGAAAACAGCGAAAAAUACAUCAGCUUCUCCAUCAAGCAAUCCGUCACAUUUCAAGGAAAAGACGGCGAACCGCUGAGGCAGAUGAAGAAGAACAAGAAAACCAACCAAAUGAAAGAAGUGGAAAUUAACACGACCUGCAAAAUCAAGUUCAUCGACAGCUGCAGGUUUAUGCAAAGCUCACUGUCAAGCCUUGUGGAUAAUUUAGCUGGAACCAACAGUGAAAGUGUCAGCUGCAACGACUGCAAAUCAAACAUGGAACUCAUCGAGAUUGACUCAGAGUACAAGGCGCAAUUCAAGUGCCAAACCUGUUACUGCUCUUACAAGACGGUGGAACUGAAUGAGCACUCCAUGAAAAAGAAAUUUUCCAACACAUUCAAGCAUGCAAAGGGCAAUGACGAGCACUUUAGACUUUUGCUGCGUAAGGGUGUUUACUCCUACGAAUACAUGGAUGCGUGGGAGCGUUUUGAAGAGACAGCACUUCCUCCAAAAGCACAAUUUUACAGCAGCUUGAACCUUGAAAACAUCACCGAAAACGACUACAAGCAUGCUCAAAAGGUGUGGAAGGCUUUCAACAUCAAAAACCUUAGAGAGUACCACGAUCUCUACGUGAUGAGCGACACGCUUCUUUUAGGAGACGUUUUUGAAAAUUUUCGAGACACUUGUCAAAACAUCUACGAGCUUGAUCCAGCGUAUUUUUACACUGCUCCAGGCCUCGCAUGGAAAGCAGCUCUUAAAGUGACUGGUCAAGUGCUCGAGCUUCUCACAGACAUCGACAUGCUACUGAUGGUUGAAAAGGGGCUCAGAGGUGGUAUUUGCCAAGCAAUCAAGCGCCAUGCUAAGGCGAACAAUCCGUACAUGGGGGAAUUGUUUGAUGUCAACCUGUUGAUCUCGUAUCUGCUGUACAUCGAUGCCAACAAUCUGUACGGAGCUUUUAUAGAAAAUUAUAAAAAUGGAGAUGAUGGCUAUUUUCUUGAAGUGGAUGUCCACUACCCGAAAAAGCUGCACAAACUCCACAACGACCUUCCAUUCUUGCCUGAAAAGAUGCGUCUGAACAACGACUGUGAAAAGUUGACGUGCAAUGUGUUUGACAAGGAAAAAUACGUGCUGCACAUUCGCAAAUUGCAGCAGGCACUGCAGCAUGGAUUGGUUCUUACCAGGGUGCACCGAGUCAUUGAGUUCAAGCAAAGUGCUUGGCUGAAGCCCUACAUUGACAUGAACACAAAGCUGCGAAAGGAUGCCAAAAAUGACUUUGAGAAAGACUUUUUUAAGCUGAUGAAUAAUAGCGUGUUUGGCAAGACCAUGGAGAACGUUCGCAAGCACCGUGACAUCAAACUGGUGACAACGGAAUGGAGGCGCAAGAAGCUCGCAUCAGCUCCAAACUAUCACAGCACAUCAAGAUUUGACAAGAAAUUUGUGGCAAUGGAAAUGAACAAAGUGAAGGUCGUCAUGAACAAACCUGUCUACCUCGGCCUCUCCAUCUUGGACUUGAGCAAACUCACGAUGUAUGAGUUUCACUAUGACUACAUCAAGCCGAAGUUUGGUGCAGGCGCAAAGCUUUGCUACAUGGACACAGAUAGUUUCGUCUACCACAUCAAAACAGACGAUGUCUAUAAAGAUAUCGCAGGUGACGUUGAAUCAAGGUUUGACACAUCGAAUUACAGUCCCGAAGACAAACGUCCCUUGCCUAUUGGCAAAAACAAGAAAAAAUUGUGCUUAAUGAAGGAUGUACUUGGUGGCAAAAUCAUGAUCGAAUUUGUUGCAUCGAGGUCAAAAAUGUAUGCGUACAAGACACUCAAAGGAUACGUGGAAAAGAAGGCAAAAGGUACAAAAAAGUGUGUCGUCAAGAAACAGAUCACGUUCGCAGACUAUUUGAACAGCCUGCAGACCUGUCAAAAUUUGUAUCGCACGCAACUGAGAUUUACCAGUCAAAAACACGAGAUUUUCACCGAAAAGCUGAACAAAAUUGCGCUGAGUGUUGAUGAUGACAAGCGACUUCAAGCUCAAAGUGGGUUCACCUUUGCACAUGGAAGCAGUCCUGGAUUGGUUUGCAAGCAAGAAUUGCUCACCAGGCAUGGUCUUGAUCACGAAAAUGCAUUAAUAAAAAUGAUACUUGAACUCUUGUUGGUAAUGUUGUACGUAAGUUUUUUGUACGUCUACUGCAAGUUUUCCUCUCUAAUAAAAGUUAUGUCAGAACUGAAUGAAAUUUUAGACGUCUUAGACACACCAGCAAUGAGAAAGCGGGAAAAAGUCAAGCAAAACUUGAGUCUCGUCAACUCUCUGGGAAAAAAGCAGUAA